AUGGGAGGAGAUGGCCCAAACAGCUACGCCAAAAAUUCUAAUUUACAGGAAUGUCUCCGGGCAAUCUCCGGCGAACCGAGUCAUGCUAGAAAGGCAGCUGAUGUUAUAACGUCUGGAAGAUUGGUUCCAGCAAUAUUCGCAAACCUCGACAUAGAAAAUCCGCAGCACUCUUCGAUUUCAACCGCAUUCCGGAUUGCCCAUUUGGGGUGUUCGGUUGGACCCAAAACGUUCAUUCAAGUCAAGAACAUAGUUGAUGCAGUAGCUCAAAAAUAUCAGCACACUACAAUUCAAGUACCAGAAUUUCAAGUACACUUCAGUGACCUUGUUUCGAAUGAUUUCAAUUAUCUUUUCGCCACUCUCCCCCGAGACAAGCAGUACUUUGCGGCAGGUGUCCCGGGCUUAGGGAUAGGCAACGGUUAUGGUAGACGGAUAAUCGCGGUUAUUUACCUAUAA